AUGACACUGCAAGUUAUGGGUUACUCUCCUACCUUUACCUUCUUACCGCUGGAGUUAGACUCAGAUUUACAAGAAAUAAUGUUUAAUGCGACUCUGGAUGUAAUGUGUGGAACGCCGCAACCACUUGUUAUAGACUCGUAUAAAGAGCUAGGUCUUGUAAAAGGUUCUUCGGAUAAGGUUUUUCCAGGCUGUUUUCGAGUUAACCGCUGCCGUCACUCGGGUUGCUGCGCAGAUGGGUUUGUGUGCAAAGCAAAACAUUCGGCCUUAGUUGAAAAAAGGUUUUUGCUCUAUGAAACGAACACUCAGCAAGUACAACUGAAGUAUCAUAGUGUAGUCAGCCAUUCAAAUUGCUCCUGCGUUAGACUCAUUAGUUGCAGAAAGCAAACUUGCGAGGUUACACAAGUGUGGAAUAAGGAUACCUGUUCGUGUGAAUGCGCCAGCAGGUGUCCUGAUCAGUACAUACAAGACCGUAACACAUGCCUGUGUGAAUGUGCACUUGAUGAUCGCCAAUGCUUACAAAUAUCAAAAGGAAUAAUCAAACUACCGAAAGACCAAUGCAGAGCAUUGGAUUGGAACGCAAUAGAAUUUGUACCAUGUGAAAAAGGUAAAACGUUCUACAAAGAUUGUUGUAAAUGUUUGAAGAAACCGUGCGAGAAAGCUAGAGCAAGUAUUCAACGCAAGGUACAAACAUCUUCCGGCCCACCUUCUGACAAAACGCCGGUUGUCGGCGAUACACCCCUUCUCUCAUCUAGUUUUUCUGUAAGCAUUAUUUCUAAAAUAGACGAAGCGUCAUUUGACUCUCAGAAAAACCUUAAUAAAUACAAAUUAAUGAGUCAAUCGAAUAUGGACGAGCAUUCUUCAAGUGAAGAUAGUUCCGAAGAAUAACGAGUUCUGAAGAUUAACAAUAAUGAUCGGUAAGGACAGGUUAUAAACACUUCCAAAUAUUGACAAAGGCCACCACUAUGGCGCCGAUAAGCUUCUUCUUCUCGUAUCACCACUUCUUCUCGUAUUAUAAUUUAAAUUUGGGUUUAAUUCUAUAAUUGAGUAUUUAGGUUUUGUUAUCAAAUUUUUAUGUCCAUUGUACAAUGUAGCUUGUUAUCAAAAUGUUACUACUAUGUUUCAAGUUCUCCCCAAUUAUAAUUUUAUACCGUAAUCAUUAAACUUUAAUUUACAUCAUCAA